AUAUCAAUGAUAAAUCAGAAGAAAGACAUAAAAUAAACAAGCCACAAAACAUAACUCAGCCAUCAUUACAUAAAUAAAUCAGUCUCAAAGAAUACUAAAUCAGUCACAAUUACCUUCUAUAAAUCAGUCGUUAAGGAUCCUAAAUCAGCCGUAACGAAUACUAACUCAAACUCGGACAAAACAUAUAUCUAACUCACAGCAUUAAUUAUACUCACUCAAAUACUCGAAAAACUCAGAGCAAAGCCUCGAAAUAUACCAGAGAAUACGAUUACGGAGAUUUGAGGAGACCACCAAUCUGAAGAAGAAGCUUACGGACACACGAUUUCAGAGAAACGGAGACUAGAGAAGAAGAUUACGGAGAUUAUUUCAGAGAAGCCGCUUUGCCGAGAAGAGUUGUAGUGAACACGAUUUCGAAAACAGUUAGGGUUUAGUGGGAGAACAGUCUCGGAGAAGUUAAUGAUCGUCGUUUGAUUUUCCUUCGUGUUAAGUGACGUGGUAUCAUUACUUCUGAUGUGGAUUUUCAAAUUAAAAUUACUAGGGUUCUAAAAACACUCUAGUCAUUUUCAAAAGAUUUGUAUUAGUCUAGUCAUUACCUCACUUUUUUGUAUUAGUCUAGUAAUUUUUUCUUUCAUUAAUGACAACCUUAGAAAAGAGUACUAUUUAUUUUCUUGGUCACAAAUAAUUAACAUUUUGAUAUAAAAACAUUCCAAAGUUAUAUUAUCCACUCAAAUGUUAUCAUCUCUACUCAGAAUUUGCUUUCUCAACGUCCAAAAAAAUUGGUCCUUUCUUUCUUUUUUUCCUUGAAGAUAUUUAACCAAACUGAAAAGAAUACAUUAGGAAACAAAAGCCAGCUCUUUCGAAGAGAUGAAAGUGAAGGUGAGAUGGUCGAUACGUAUCUGACCAUGUAUUCUUUUCAGUUUGGUUUAAUAUCAUUGAGAAAAAAAUCUAUACUAUUAAAAGGGAAGAAAUCCUUAAAAAUCUACCUAUAAAAUGUUACUGCACAUUUUCAUUAACUAAUAAUAUUUUUGGUCUAACAUAAUAUUUCCCUAAUUAUCUCUAACAAUACUGUAGUAUUAAAGCUCUAACUAUAUAGUAGUAUUAAAGCUAUUAUCCAUUCAUAUGCAUUUAAUAGUAUAACACAUUAAAUAAUUACAUUUUCUGAGUAUAUUGAUGAUCGUAGCGAUCACUUAUGUUUCCAUGAAAUUCAUAUACAUUUAAUAGUAUAGAUAUCACAUCAAAUAAAACCGAUCAUAUACAUUUAAUUGUAUUACACAUCAAAUAAAUACCAUUUCUAUAAUAUGAUAGCAAUGACUUUUAUUACCAGCCAAGCUCUAUAACUUCUGAUUUUUCCUCUUCGACCUAUAUCAUUAAUAAAAAACAAUAAACAACCUAUAACAUAGUCUUCGAGUUACAAAAAAAAAACAUAGUAUUCAAAUCUCAAAAUUAAAAAUUCAACCAACGAACACCAUAGUGUCUUCUCAAAACUAUUUGAAUAAUUUUAUACCAAACUAGGACUUUGGCUACAAAUAAAUAAAUAUUAUUAUAAAAUUAACUUCGAAUCUAAAUUAAAGAAAAGAGAUAAAUUUUAUAAUACAUUAACACUAAUAAAAAUAAAAUAAUAUUUAAAUAUAACUACAAAUUAGAUUUUGUAAAAUAUUUCAUGUGAUACACUUCUUCUCUAAAAUAUUUUAUCACUUAACAUUAAGGUUGUUAUGCAAUAAUGUAGGUCUAUAUUGGGUUUGGAUCUGUUCUUUUGGAUCUGGUUUGGUUGAUUCUAUAAUUCAAACAUCUAUAAAAUAUAUGUAAUUUUGGUACAAAAUAGGUUCGGAUCAGUUCGGGUAUUUAGGACCAGAAAAGAUUCAAAGUACUUGAAAUCCUUAAAAAGAUAAAACACGAAAAUUUAAACAAACACCUGAAAAUAUUCAAAUAUCCAAAAACCAAAAUUAUCUGAAGAACCAUAAAUAUCCAAAGUUUUAUUCGAAUACCCAAAAUAUAACUUUGAAAUUUCACCGAAACCCGAAACUAUAACCGAAAAUCCGAAUCUAAAACUUAAAAAUUUCUAUAAUACUCAAAACAAUUUGAAAUACCCAAAUAUACAUAAUAUACACAAAAUAUUCAAGUACUUUGGGUACCCGACUCGAACAGAGACCUGCGGGUCCAAAAGAAAAAAGCCAAUAUGUAGUUUACUCGAUUUCGGACCCGAACAUGUAUUUUCGUGUUGGUUUCGAUUCAGUUUUUUGAAUCCGAGAAAAAUGUCUAUGCCUAAGAGACAGUUCAUAAGAGUGUACAUACAAAAUCUCACAUAAAGUACUUCAUAAAUUAUAUAUUUUUAACAAAUUUUCAUAUUCGAUAUAAUACGACUUUAUAAAUAUAAAAAUCAUAGAAGAUUAAUUCAUAUCAAACUUUGUUUAUAACCAAAAGAAACCCGCGCUUUCGAAGCGCUGGUCAAAAUCUAGUUAGUCAUUAAAAAUAGAGAAAUUCUCUAAAAUAGUUUUUUUAAAGUUUUCACAAAAUAGCUUUUAAUAAGGAAAAUGACAAAAACAAAUUUUAUUAAAGAGUAAAAAUACAUAUAUCCUAGAGUUGGCUAAUCUAGACUUAGUGUUUAAGGUUAAGGGGUGGGAUUUUGAAGAUAUAGCUUCAAAUUUUUAAAAAAAUAUUAAAAUUAAAUUUUCUAUUUUGGUCAUUUUUUUUAUUGAGUGUUAUUUUGUGAUAAAAACUUAAAAAUGAUUAUUUGAGAGAAUUUUCCUAACAUAUGUAUUAUUAAUCUUUUUAUUGUAUAUAAGAAAGUGAAGGUGAGAUGAUGGUGUAUGUUGAAACCAUACAACUACUUUUGACAAGCUCAUACUUCCUAGUUCCUACAAGCAGCUGCCAAUGAUGUCUACUAUCUCAGAUCUCUUUACCAACACCAAUAUUACUCCUAACGCACUUCUCGUUCUCACUACCAUCUUGACAGUUCUGUGGUUCCUCUUCAAGCGCUCGCCACAACCGCCGCUACCACCUGGACCGCGAGGGUUACCUAUUGUCGGAAACCUCCCAUUUCUUGACGCGGACCUUCACACAUACUUCACAACUAUCGCUCAGAAACACGGUCCGAUCUUCAAACUCAAACUCGGCUCAAAACUAACCGUUGUUGUGAACUCUCCAUCGCUGGCUCGAGAGAUCUUGAAAGACCAAGACAUCAAUUUCUCAAACCGAGAUGUCCCUCUCACUGGCCGGGUCGCUACCUAUGGUGGUCUCGACAUCGUUUGGCUACCAUACGGUGCUGAAUGGAGAAUUCUCAGAAAACUUUGCGUUACCAAGCUGCUUAGCCGCAAGACUUUGGAAUCUUUCUACGAGCUUCGACGCCAAGAAGUCCGUGAAAGAACGAGAUUUUUAUACCAGCAAAGUCAAGAAAAAUCGGCGGUGAAUGUCGGAGACCAACUGUUCUUGACGAUGAUGAAUCUAACGAUGAAUAUGUUGUGGGGAGGAUCGGUGAAAGCGGAGAAUAUGGAGAGCGUUGGAGCAGACUUCAAAGGAGUCAUUUCUGAGAUGAUUAGGCUUUUGGGUGAGCCUAAUGUUUCGGAUUUUUUUCCUUGGCUAGCUAGAUUCGAUCUUCAAGGGCUUGUGAAGCAGAUGCGUGUGUGUGCUCACCAGCUCGAUGCCAUAUUCGAAGGAGCCAUCAAGCAGAUGCAAAAGCUAGGACGUAAAGAUGAUGAUGAAUGCAAAGAUUUUUUGCAACAUUUGAUGAAGUUAAAGGACCAAGAAGUUAAUUCGGAGACUCCCAUUACAGUUAACCAUGUCAAAGGCGUACUUACGGAUAUGGUGACUGGUGGUACUGAUACCUCUACAAACACAAUAGAGUUUGCGAUGGCCGAGCUUAUAAGCAACCCAAAGUUGAUGAAGAGAGCGCAACAAGAGCUAGACGAAGUUGUAGGAAAAGAAAACAUUGUUGAAGAAUCACACAUCACUGAACUUCCUUACAUACUAGCCAUAAUGAAAGAAACACUUAGACUUCAUCCAACCAUUCCUUUGUUAGUCCCUCACCGUCCAGCUGAAACUGCCGUGGUGGGCGGUUACGCUAUCCCUAAAGACACUAAAGUUUUCAUCAAUGUUUGGUCUAUCCAAAGAGACCCAAACGUGUGGGAGAAUCCGACUGAGUUUCGUCCCGAGAGAUUUCUUGAUAAUAAGUCUUGCGAUUUUACUGGAACUGAUUACAGCUUUCUUCCAUUUGGAUCUGGCCGGAGAAUUUGCGCCGGUGUAGCACUCGCCGAGAGGAUGGUUUUGUACACUCUCGCGACGCUAUUACAUUCGUUCGACUGGAAGAUUCCGGAAGGAUGUGUGUUGGAUUUGGAAGAGAAGUUUGGGAUUGUCUUGAAGCUCAAGACCCCUCUUGUUGCCUUGCCGGUUCCGAGGUUGUCCGACUCGAAUCUUUAUCAAUAGAUACUAAGAUCUUUGUAUUUAGCAAUUCUUAUUCAAAACCAAAAAGUAUUAAUUGCUUUCUUUCAGAGUUAAAGUACUAUGUACUCUGUGUUCUCUAA